AUGAGCCACCACCAUGGAGGAGGAGGUGGCGGCGGCGGAGGGGGGAUGAUGAUGGGAACAGCCCUCUUUCAGGAGACGAAUAUUCACCUUGCCCAGUCAUUUUGGUACAUUAUCGCCGGCGUGGUGGGAUUCCUAGGAAUCAUUCGGGGUGUGAAUCAUCUCGAAGGCCUCAGAAGGUUAAAGAGAUGUCGUACGGAAUCAGUCCGAUUCCCAACACAGCCUUCAAAUAUCAUAACGCAAAUAUGGGCAACUGCGACGGCCCUUGUCCGCGAGGCAGGCCAUCCUCAACUUUACGUCCCAUUCAAAGGCCUUCGUUGGGCAACACCGCCGCCACUCGGGCGCGUCCUAGUCCUGCUCGCCUACUGGGCUGUCAUCAUCUACAUGAUGGCCAACGACGCGGUCGUCAAGGACGCGUACUUUUGGGAGCGUAUCGGCUUCCGCAACGCCUGGGUGACCAUCAUGCAGAUGCCUCUUGUCUACCUCCUCGCAAUGAAGGUCAACGUUCUAGGAUUCAUCACGGGGACCUCCCACGAGCGUUUGAACUGGCUUCACCGCUGGGUAUCGAGGACGAUGUUCGUCACGGCCACGGUUCAUGGCUUCCACUUCUGGACGGAAUGGGUCAGGGCCGAUUUUGUCGAGACACAACUGAGAAUCAUGCCGUUCAUCAAGCACGGCCUGGGCGCGUGGGGUAUCCUCGUUUGGAUGUUUGUCACUGGUAUCCGGCCUAUUCGGGGGAUGGCGUACGAGGUGUUCGUCCUGCAGCACCUCCUUUCAGCUGUCAUCUUCAUCUGGCUGAUCUAUGUCCACAUUCCGACGUAUGCGCAGCCGUAUCUUUGGUUCACCAUCGCCCUCAUCUGCUUCGAUCGACUUGCUCGAUGGGCGCUUCUUGCUUGGCAAAACACGAGGUUGCGACCUAAUAGAUCGACGUGCAAGGGAAUGAAGCGGCUAGGACACGAGGUGCAGGUCAGAACAGUUGGUUCGUCGACGACGGUACUGACCAUCAAAGACGUCCAUUUCUCCUGGAAGGCCGGGCAACAUCUGUACCUCUGGCUUCCCCGAGUGGGACCUUUCGAGGCUCACCCCUACACCAUUGCAUGCGCUCAUCAGGUGCCGGAUACGUGUAUUUGCAACAGCAUACAACUGGUUAUCCGCUCACACGGAGGUUUCUCGAAGAGGUUGCAUAAGUAUGCGCAAAAGAUGCAGGAAUCCAGCAAGAAGGAAACACUGACGGGGUUUGUGCUGGGGCCAUUUGGUGCGCCGCCUAGGUGGGAUAUCUAUGAGACAAUGGUGCUUAUCUCGGCUUCUACCGGAGCGUCGUUCACACUCCCGAUUCUCGAGAGCAUCGUGCAAAGCCGCAAGAAGAUUUGCACGACAAGAAUCGACUUCAUCUUGCUGGCAUGUCAAGGAGAGGAGAUUGAAUUUUAUACACAACAACUGCGUCAGUUGAUGGAUCGAGCGCAGCAGGUUGGCAUCGAGCUCCAGGUGCACAUCGCCAUAACGAGAUCAGGCAAGGCGAAGGAGGGAGAAAUCACGACGGUUUUGUACUCGGACCGCGACGGAAGCUCGGGAUCAUCGGCCCAGCACCGAAGAAUUGCGUCUGAUGGGUCCGCAGAUGGUGGUUGUUGUCAGGAGAAAGGCGUGCUGGACAUAGAAAAGGGUGACGAAGUACCACUGACACCUCGGCUGCGGAGCAGUUCGAGAUCAGACAUGGUGAAGGAGUAUUAUAGCAGACCAGAUAUAAAGGAGCUCAUCCGAGAGCCGGUGGAGGCUUCUGGUGGAGAGACGUCGAUUGUCGUCUGCGGUGGACAAUCAUUGACGAGCUCUGUAAGGAACUGUGUAUCUUCUCUGUCGGAUGAGAGGGCUGUCCACAAGGGAACUGGGGCUCAGGGCAUUCAUCUGUUUGUAGAAGAGUAUUCGUUCUGA